AUGUUCUUCAGUGAGAAGAUAAAAGUGAUGCCUCUUGGAGCAGGAAAUGAGGUAGGAAGAUCCUGUGUGAUUGUUGAGUGUGCAGGUAGAACGCUGAUGCUUGACUGUGGAGUGCAUCCGGCAUACACAGGAACGGCAUCGCUUCCGUUUUUGGAUCUGAUUGAUCUUUCGAAGGUUGAUGCGGUGUUUAUUACGCAUUUUCAUCUUGAUCAUGCAGCUGCGUUACCAUUUCUGACGGAAAAGACAAGCUUCAAAGGAAAGGUGUACAUGACACAUCCAACAAAAGCGAUUCUUAAGUGGCUACUGAACGAUUACAUAAGGAUCAUCAAUGCAUCCUCUGAUGUUGACUUCUACACUGAGGGAGACCUGACCAGAUGUUAUGACCGGAUUAUUCCAAUUGAUUAUCACCAGGAAGUCAAUGUGAAGGGAAUAAAAGUUAAGGCAUUGAAUGCAGGGCAUGUGCUUGGCGCGGCGAUGUUCCUGAUAGAGAUUGAGAAGAGUAAAUUGCUGUACACUGGAGAUUUUAGCAGAGAAGAGGAUCGACAUCUUAAAGCAGCUGAGUCACCAGAGUGCAAGCUUGAUGCACUGAUUACAGAGUCCACGUACGGAGUGCAAUGCCAUCUUCCGAGGGUUGAGAGGGAAAGUAGAUUUACGAGUGUUGUACAGAAUGUUGUCUUAAGGGGAGGACGAUGCCUUCUUCCUGUUUUUGCACUUGGAAGGGCUCAGGAGUUGCUUCUUAUUCUUGAGGAGCAUUGGGGAUCUAAUGCGAUGCUUCAUAAGAUUCCGAUAUAUUAUGCAUCGGCAUUAGCGAAGAGAUGCAUGGGAGUUUACCAGACAUAUAUAGGAAUGAUGAAUGAAAGGAUUCAGCGACUGAGUCUUGUUAGGAAUCCGUUUGCAUUUAAGUAUGUACAGAGCCUGAAAGGGAUUGAUUCUUUUGAUGAUGAGGGGCCGUGUGUGAUAAUGGCAAGUCCUGGAAUGUUGCAGAGCGGUCUUUCUCGGGAUCUUUUUGAAAGAUGGUGCUCAGAUGCAAAAAAUGCAGUGAUAAUACCUGGAUAUUGUGUUGAUGGGACACUUGCAAAGGAGAUUCUAAGUGAACCUAAGGAAAUAGAUGCACUGAACGGGAAGAGACUAAGACUGAAUAUGACAGUGGAAUAUAUUUCAUUUAGUGCACAUGUUGAUUUUACUCAGAAUAGCCAGUUUAUUGAUGAAUGUCAACCAAAGCACUUGUUCUUUGUGCACGGGGAGGCUAAUGAGAUGCAGAGGCUUCGGAAUGUGAUACAGCAGCGGAAUGAGAAGAACGGAGUGGAGAUGGCGCUUUAUACACUGAGGAACGGUGAAGAAGCGAGUUUUGAUGUUAUUAAGGAUAAUGAAGCGAAGAUAUUCAGUGGAUUUGAGGGAGAGUUUGAAGGGAUUGUGAUAGGAACAGAGGAUGACAUCAGAAUAUACAGAAGGAGUGAGCUAGCGGAUUCUAAAUACAAAGAGGUGAGUGUGUAUGAGCGACAGCGAAUUCCAUAUAAUUCAACUGGUGUGUUUCUAAAGCAGGUGCUUGUUGAUAGUUUUGAGGAGCUUGUUGAGGUUAGCAAUGGAUUUCUGGUUGGCAAUGUGCUGGUGAUGCUUGAGGGGCAAGAAGUGGUGCUUGAGUGGAAGAGCAAUUAUGUUGAUGAUGUUUUGGCAAUUGCGGUUAGUAAGGUAAUUUCUGAUGUUGGUAAAAAAGCAAGAGGAGCGAAGUUGAGCAUGAUGGGUAAGGAGGAGUUGCUGCUAAAGGUGCUCAAGAACUACUUUGUGAUUGAGCAACAAGCAGACAGAAUCCGAGUGGUGAGUGGAUAUAAAGAGGCUUAUGUUGCAGGUUUUGAUGUGUAUGGGGAUGCAGAGAUGUGCAGUAAGGUAAAAGAGUACAUUAAGAAGAUAGAUGCAAUAUAUUUUAAUUGA